AAUUUUGUAUUUUAAAUUGGGUUGGUGUUCUAGCUAUGUAGCCCAACCUGGCCUGAAACCAGUGAUCCUCCUGUCUCUGCCUCCAGUGUUGGGAUUACAAGUUUGCCUGGCUAGCGCUGAUUCUGAAGAUACAUCGAGCCUCAAUCAGCUCCCAGCUCAAAAUGCCAGACACACACAAGAGAGGCACGGGGUGUCGUUCCAGAAGCGCCUCCCUGUAGGCUGGUACGUUAUUCAGGGUCGGGACAACCUGUGGUCUACACAGAGCCAUUUCCAUUCUCCCUGAGGGCAAAUGGAGUCUGGGGACCUGGGGCAGUGUAGGCGAAUGAGAUGCCCCGACAUGUCUUUUGGAGGGGAUGGCUUGGCCGGUGGCGUCUAUGGUGCGAAGGCUUCCCAGCUUCGGACCUGAGAGCAUAACUGAGGCGGUUGUAGCUGGCAUCGGAGACAUUGGCCAAGCAAGAGGCUGAGAGCCCGGAUGGAGCACUAAGAAUGGAAGACGCGCUUCUGGAGAAAAGGUACCAAGUCACUUCCGUAGGAUGGUCCUGGAAAGAAGACAGCAAAUGCCAAGGGUUCUCAAGUCUGUGAGCAUCGCGGGCAUCAGACUGACCAGCCCUUGGGUCUUCCGAGAGCGUCCCCGUAGGCUCAAGACCCUAAGGAGAGACUGAGAACUAGACAAAUGCGAAAGCCGGCAGGCCAUCUGGGCGGGACCCGGGACGGAAGAGCUCGCGGGAGGAAACACGUCAUUUCCGUUGUGCGGCGUGGGACACACGUUGUGUAGUCGUGCAAAAGAGGCGAUGUGAAGUUCGGCUUCCGGUUUUGUGCGACGGAAGUAACGAAAUCGCCGUGCGCCGCAGAGUGCGAGCCGAGGUCGCUAUGAACGGUGUCCUGUGUUCGCGGGCUGCGGGAGCGGUCCGGGCUCUGCGACUCGUGGGCUGGACUUCGCGAAGCCUGCAUCCGCCGCCCCAUGGCCGGUCUCCAGCCCGACCAACAGACAGGGAAGAGGAGGAAGACCCCAACCUCCCCAUCCAGUUUUCCUCCAGCAAAGCCACCCCAGACCGCUGGACGGUGGAGCACACCCUGGGGAAGCAGCAGCAACGGCCCUGGUGGAAAGUGCUGCCCAUCACCUUCAGCCUCACAGUUCUGAUCAUCUGGUGCUAUCUGAGGCAGGAGACCAGCACGGACCAGUGGUUGAGAGAGGUUUUGGGAGAGGUAGACAAGGAGGACGAGGAGGAGCCAGACGAUCGUCUGGAGGAAACUGAAGCUCCGACUUUCUACGGAGCUAGAACGUAACGGUUCCUGCUGAGGAAGGAAACAGGCAGCCAUCCUUGUUCCUUUGUCAAGUUUGGCGAUUUCUGACCUGGUACUGCCUGCAUCUUUGAUGCUUUUAAGGGACUUGGAUGGCGCUGAAACGCGAGAACACAGCACGGAAUUGGGGGCUCGAAAUC